AUGAAACAAAAUAAAACUACCAAUAAUAGUUUUGUAAGUGAAAAUUAUUCAAAGAACCUCCCUACAAACGAAGAAACAGUAGAAGUAAAGAAAUCUCAAGCGAACUGCAAUAACAACAAAGAACCAACAUUCGUCAUUGUUGAAUCAGAGAGUAUUAGCAAUCCUAGUUCCAAAGAGAUCCUUGUUGAAGAUUCAAUUCAUCAUAAAGACACAGUAUCAACAAAAUAUUUUAAUACGUAUUUAAGAAAUAGUAGUGUGCCCUCAACGAGCAAAGAGUCGUCGACACAAAACCAAAAUAUUAAAGUGUCUGAGUCCAAAGAAGAAGUAGAAAUGGUGAACAUCAACUUUGAAAGUGAAAAUGAUAUUUCAAUUACCGACAGUGACACUGAUAAUGAAUCCAUCGUACUUGCGUACAUUCGAAAUAGAGAUGAGGUAAUAGAACUAGAAAGUACAUUAUUAGCAAGUAAAAGGAAAACAUCCCUGUUAGAAAGUGUACCUAAAAUGGAGACAAUAGUUGAAGGACAACGGUUCUCAACACUACUAACAAUUUCAAAAAACAUCCUCUCCCAAAAUCAUAGUUCUUCCACUGAACAAGUCUUAAAGGAUGAAGAUAUUUAGGAUACAAAUAUUUGUAAAUUAAACAGUCAAUAAAUACUCUAUGAUAUCUUCUUAAUUGUAAUUUUGUCGCUUUAAAGAUUGAGAAGAUUCAGUAUAUAUAUGUAUGAGAGAUAAUUAAAAAUCAAUAUCUAAUUACUGACAAUAUUUGAUCAAUUUUGCAUUUACGAUGCUAUACUGAAAAAUAAAUUUGUCAGUCCUGUUAGUUCUUGGGUAGCUCAGUGGUUAGAGCAGUCGCACGAAUUGCGAAAGGUCAUGACCCUUUCACAGCGUGCCAGGUAAAGGUAGAUUUUUUAAACUUUUUCAUUAAGAAUAUUUCAAUAUAUAACUAAAGAAGCAGAGUCAGAGCAUGGUUAU